CAAAAAUUAAAAAAAUCACCAAUCGACAUCGUCUCUUUGAUCUCCCCGAGAAAUUAGGGUUUAGUGGUGCAAUCGAACCAAAUCGAACUAGGGUUCCCGAUAUACGCCAAUGGCGAAAGAAGAGAGAGAAGCGGUGGGAGAGGAGGAACAGGAGGGGCUCUCGGUGCAUUCCCCGGCCCAGGCUCCCCCUUCCUCCGCCUCCUCUCUCCCCAAGGAGCAAACGCAGGUGGAGUUGGAGUUGAGGUUAUUAGAAGCUCUGGAGGUGUACCCUCCUGCUAAAUUGCAAGGCAUCCAUCGUCACUUUGUUCUCUAUGGAUUGAUGGAACAUCUGCGGCGGAACUUUGAAAGACACUUCUCAGCUGAUGAGGUCUUGCAAUUACUGGACCGCUUCUUCAACUUAGAAAUGCUGAAACCAGAUGACGAAGAGGCUGAGAUAUUCAAUCAAGAGGAUGACUUCACCCUGCCGCAGAGCUUCUUCGUCAAGGAAGAGUAGUAGCAUGCGUCAUCUCAAGUUGAUGAAGUUCGCAUUCCGUUGUCACCAUUGGAAUCCUGGUUUUAGAUGGCGACAUUGAGAGUUUCAUGUAGCAUCAUUACUCCUAGUAGUGGGGACAAAUGAAGCUACAGUUUCUGACGCCUCCUCAGUCUCCAAUAUUUUCCUUCUUGUUUAUCUUUUCCCAUUCCGAAGUUUUCAAUCUAUUAACCAUCAGUUUUACAUUACCAUGAGCAUUUGUAAAUCUUUUUUUUUUUUUUUCCCUUUCGUGUGGGGGUGACAUGGAAGCAUCUUCAACUGCCCCGGUAAUAUUUGCCAUAAAGAACUGAUUUAGCUUGUUAAGACUGAAUCCAGCUGAUGUAACAUUCAGCAGAUAUAAAGAAAAGUGCUUGUUAUGUCAUA